GCAUUAUUAUUUCGCGGCCAUUCGGGGAGACUGGAUGGGGUGACAUUUUCAGGGGGGCUUUAGUGGUUUAUUUAAUUCACAAUUAAUAACUGCAGAAAGUGUUUGUUCCAGUCUCAAACUCCUCACAGAAGGACUUCGUGAUCCUUGCUUGUUCAUUUAGGCUUAAGCAGUUUUCUUAAAGGGGAUCGGACACAGGCAUCAUCCUCGGUUUUGUGCCACUCCCAAAGGAUUAAACUGUUGGAAUAUGGAGCAAUACCACUAAGCACAAGAGCGGGAGUACUCAGCGCGUGUGGCCGAGUGGAUCGCCCCUUGUCCAGCUUUGCGUAUACAGGAGGUCCCGCUAUUAUGGGAUGUGGACUUCGGAAACUGGAGGAACCGGAGGACAGCAGCCCGGGGAAAAUCUACUCCACUUUAAAAAGACCACAGGUCGAAACCAAAACAGACUCCGUGUACGAGUAUGUGCUACUGGACUUCAGUUUGGAAGGCAGUCGGCCUACAGUGCUGUAUCUGUCCUCACUGUGUGAGCUUCCUCAUGCCCUGAAGUCCUACUACACCCAGGGCUAUGUACUGGCUGCCCUGCAUCCCAUCAUCCUUUCUGUGGGCCGGACCCGCUCCCUGCCCUGCAGCCUACUCUACCGGGCUAUCCUGGUCCGCCCACGAUCCAGUAAGCAUGCAAUGCCACUGAUUGACAGUGUGCCAGUGUUAAGAGUGGAAGAGUGGCCACUGCCGGGAGAAUCUCUGACCAGUGACACAGUGAGACUGCUCAUAGACCGGGUGAACAGCUAUGCCAGGGGUGGUGUGAGGUUUGUGGGGUCAGUGCUUCAGCAAGCUGGAGGAGGGGGCUGUAACGGUAGAGUACCCAGUCCCAGAAGAAGCUGCCGUUCCCCGCCCCGCACACCACCUCGCACGCCACCUGGAGACAGAGAUCUAGAGGGCUGUGGGUACAGCCCAGACCUGAAACUUUUGGUGAUGUUUCACUCCUGGGCUCCGGGCUAUGCACCACUAGAUGCUCUUGCCUGCUGUUACCACCAGGGGGCGGUAUCAAUGAGGGUCUCCAGGAAGGGCCAGGUUGUCAGUGCCCUGGAAGCUGAUUGGUUGGAAUUGACUGCAGCGUACUACCGCAAGGGCUGGUCAUUGGUCGACUCCUUCAUAUACUGGGACACACCAAAAGGUGAACCAGUGCCCAGGUCUCUAGAGGGACUGUUUGUAUAUGAGGAGAAAAGCACAGCGCCACCUGCCAAUGACACUAUUGUAGUGGAACAGUGGACAGUUAUAGAGGGUUCAGAUGUCAAGACCGACUAUGGUCCUCUACUCCACACAUUAGCAGAGUUUGGCUGGCUGCUUACCUGUGUGCUACCCACCCCCAUUAUUCGCCAUGACAGUGAAUGGAAUCUCGCCACCAAGCAAGUGGUAUUCCUGCAAAGACCUGUCAAAGGCCAAUCAGUACAACACCACAACCAGGGAUCUACGCGACGAGAGGUGUCCAGUCACUCUGUUAGUCGAGGCAUGGAGGAACCACACGCAGAGUUGUCGUCUCCGUGUUCAGGGGGUAUCGGCGGUUUCCCUGUGUUUGGAGGGGGGUAUCCCAGUGUGCUUUCCCAUUUAGAGGAGGGAGGAUUUGAGCCAGAUGAUGGCGCCGCAGAGGUCACCUGUAUGUGAUGGGCCAACUCAGACUUCUAGAGUUCUUCACCCUAAAACGGAGAGCCUUUGAUUGGUUAAGACCUGUAGAAGUGCCCUAGCAUGUACCACAUCUCCUGGGGAGAAAAUAUAUUUGUAUCCCUGUAUUAGAGUUGGACUUCAAAGCACUUUUAAUUUCUUGCAAGUGAAUUUUUUUUCCGAAGCCAUAAUGUAUUGUAAAAGUCAGUUUUAUUUGACUCUUUUAUUUCUUUUUAUUUGAAAGCCCAGUGUGUGCAAUCCUCCUGUUUUGACGUAUAGUACCACAAAACAUCACUGAAAUUCACACUUAUUUGCCACAAAUACCACAGCAGUAUUUCACAGCACUAGCACAAACGCCACCACAGUUCCAGUUUACGUCACUUUUGUCACAAUAUCACCAAGACAGAGAUAAGGAAAAUCCUCGUUUCAUUUUGUUUUUCUCUUCAUUUUCCUGUUUUUUUUUUUUUCAAACGAGCCAUCACGUCACUUGUUCGUUCUAACACCUGCAAUGGUUCAGGGUGGAAAACUCAGGAACUGAGUGUCCAAACAGCACCUCUGUAGGAUGUGGAUGUUUAUUUGGUUUUCAGAUUUGGGACAUGCUUCCAUUUGUGCAGAAAUUCGCCAGGCCUUGGAGUCACGACAACAGGAAUGCUCCAUUUAGUUUGGGAUGCCAGCAUUUAUGUGAAGAAAGUCAGGCACUGUGGAAAUGUUCGUACAUUGUAAAUCUACAGUGCUACAGCCUAGUUGGCUUACACUUUGCUGAAGGAGUC